AGUAUGGCAGUAUGGAAGACCUAGAAAGGGACAAGGAGAGCUACAAUAACAGGGGUCUAAAUAUAUCCUAGGGUGAAAAGGUGAGGAAGGAAACAGGCGCAGAAGUGUUAUAAGAAACCAAAGCGGCCUUUUGAGAAGGGAUGCAAGAGCAGGCCCCUGAGCAGUUUCACUUCCUCUGGGCGCCCAGCAGAGCGGAGCCCUGGCCUUGCGGGCAUGAGCCCCGGGGCUGCGUUUCCUGAGACCUGGCCGCAGCUGCCGCGGGUGGCAAGCGGGCUGGGGAGAGCCGAGGGCCAAAGGAAGAGAAAAUCGCGGGGAGUCUCUGGCCGGGAGAGUCCAGGUAGCGCUCGGCGGGCAGCAGUGCGCAGGCCCCUCGGCUUCAACCGCCACAAUGCUGCCAGCAGCGCCAGGCAAGGGGCUUGGGAGCCCGGACCUGGCCCCCUGCGGCCCAGCGCCCCCAGGAAAUACAAAAGACAUAAUAAUGAUAUAUGAAGAAGAUGCUGAGGAAUGGGCUCUGUACUUGACAGAAGUAUUUUUACAUGUCGUGAAAAGGGAAGCCAUCCUGUUAUAUCGCUUGGAGAAUUUCUCUUUUCGUCAUUUGGAGUUGCUGAACUUAACAUCUUACAAAUGUAAACUUUUGAUAUUAUCAAAUAGCCUGCUUAAAGACCUAACUCCAAAGAAAUGUCAGUUUCUGGAAAAGAUACUUCAUUCACCAAAAAGUGUAGUUACUUUGCUUUGUGGAGUGAAGAGUUCAGAUCAGCUCUAUGAAUUAUUAAAUAUCUCUCAAAGCAGAUGGGAGAUCUCAACUGAACAGGAACCUGAAGACUACAUCUCUGUAAUCCAGAGUAUCAUAUUCAAAGAUUCUGAAGACUACUUUGAGGUCAACAUUCCCAGAGACCUACGAGCAAAACAUUCUGGGGAAAUAAGUGAGAGAAAGGAAAUUGAAGAACUAUCAGAAGCUUCAAGAAACACCAUACCACUAGCAGUGGUGCUUCCCACUGAAAUUCCAUGUGAGAAUCCUGGUGAAAUAUUCAUAAUUUUGAGAGAUGAAGUAAUUGGUGAUACUGUAGAGGUUGAAUUUACAUCAAGUAAUAAGCGCAUUAGAACACGGCCAGCCCUUUGGAAUAAGAAAGUCUGGUGCAUGAAAGCUUUAGAGUUUCCUGCUGGUUCAGUCCAUGUCAAUGUCUACUGUGAUGGAUUCGUUAAAGCUACAACCAAAAUUAAGUACUACCCAACAGCAAAGGCAAAGGAACGCCUAUUCAGAAUGGCAGAUUCAGGAGAGAGUUUGUGCCAGAAUAGCAUUGAAGAACUUGAUGGUGUCCUUACAUCCAUAUUCAAACAUGAGAUACCAUAUUAUGAGUUCCAAUCUCUUCAAACUGAAAUUUGUUCUCAAAACAAAUAUACUCAUUUCAAAGAACUUCCAACUCUUCUCCACUGUGCAGCAAAAUUUGGCUUAAAGAACCUGGCUAUUCAUUUGCUUCAAUGUUCAGGAGCAACCUGGGCAUCUAAGAUGAAAAAUAUGGAGGGUUCAGACCCCGCACAUAUUGCUGAAAGGCAUGGUCACAAAGAACUCAAGAAAAUCUUUGAAGACUUUUCAAUCCAAGAAAUUGACAUAAAUAAUGAGCAAGAAAAUGAUUAUGAAGAGGAUAUUGCCUCAUUUUCCACAUAUAUUCCUUCCACACAGAACCCAGCAUUUCAUCAUGAAAGCAGGAAGACAUACGGGCAGAGUGCAGAUGGAGCUGAGGCAAAUGAAAUGGAAAGGGAAGGAAAACAGAAUGGAUCAGGCAUGGAGACCAAACACAGCCCACUAGAGGUUGGCAGUGAGAGUUCUGAAGACCAGUAUGAUGACUUGUAUGUGUUCAUUCCUGGUGCUGAUCCAGAAAAUAAUUCACAAGAGCCACUCAUGAGCAGCAGACCUCCUCUCCCCCCGCCGCGACCUGUAGCUAAUGCCUUCCAACUGGAAAGACCUCACUUCACCUUACCAGGGACAAUGGUGGAAGGCCAAAUGGAAAGAAGUCAAAACUGGGGUGAUCCUGGUGUUAGACAAGAAACAGGAGAUGAACCCAAAGGAGAAAAAGAGAAGAAAGAAGACGAAAAAGAGCAGGAGGAGGAAGAAGACCCAUAUACUUUUGCUGAGAUUGAUGACAGUGAAUACGACAUGAUAUUGGCCAAUCUGAGUAUAAAGAAAAAAACUGGGAGUCGGUCUUUCAUUAUAAAUAGACCUCCUGCCCCCACACCCCGACCCACAAGUAUACCUCCAAAAGAGGAAACUACACCUUACAUAGCUCAAGUGUUUCAACAGAAGACAGCCAGAAGACAAUCUGAUGAUGACAAGUUCCGUGGUCUUCCUAAGAAACAAGACAGAGCUCGGAUAGAGAGUCCAGCCUUUUCUACUCUCAGGGGCUGUCUAACUGAUGGUCAGGAAGAACUCAUCCUCCUGCAGGAGAAAGUCAAGAAUGGGAAAAUGUCUAUGGAUGAAGCUCUGGAGAAAUUUAAACACUGGCAGAUGGGAAAAAGUGGCCUGGAAAUGAUUCAGCAGGAGAAAUUACGACAACUACGAGACUGCAUUAUUGGGAAAAGGCCAGAAGAAGAAAAUGUCUAUAAUAAACUCACCAUUGUGCACCAUCCAGGUGGUAAGGAAACUGCCCACAAUGAAAAUAUGUUUUAUAAUGUACACUUCAGCAAUAAGCUUUCUGCUCGACCCCAAGUUGAAAAGGAAUUUGGUUUCUGUUGCAAGAAAGAUCAUUAAAGAAGGUUAUUAUAAUGAAACUCACGAAUCUACGGACAUUUUGCUUUCAGGGUGAAGCAAGCUUGAAUUUGGAUUGCCUGCUCUCUUUAAAGCAAAUUCAUACUAUGACAGCAGAAACAAACCUUCAGAUUUCAGAAUUUGUUAUUGGCAAAAUUUAUUCUCAUUAUACCUGCUUCAUAUGGGUAUAUUACUAUUAAAACAGAAUACCAUAGAGUAAUUGCAUUAUUUGAAAGUUGUCUCAUUUUACAAUGCACUUCACCAAUGAAACAGCUAAUUUCCAUUUUGAAAAUUAAAAGAAAACAGCACAGAGAAGUUAAAUGCGGUGUAGCAAAGUUAUGGUGUCUGCUUGAGGGCACUAACCUCAACAGAUUAUUCCUCCUUUCCUUAGAAUAACCAUGAAAAUACAAAUUUCCUUAGCACAUUUUUGCUUUUUAAGGAGCUGGUUCAUUUUCUGAAUUUCUCACAUUCAGAGUUCCAGUCAUUAUUGUUACAUCAUGUUUGCAGAAACCUUGUCUUAUUUAGUGUCUAUUUGCAUAUAACCCUGAAAACAUUAUUAUUUGAAAACUUUUCUAUAUCUCAAAUUAAUAUACAUUUUCACAACCUACCUUUGUAUUAAGACUUGCAAUUUUAUCAACCUAUUUCUUAGAAACAAUUUACUAGCUUAGAGUAGAAAGCAAUUUUAUCAUCAUAUAAUUUUCAUGUACAAAUGCCACAAAUAAAUUGAAUGUUUAAAGCUAUGUCUGAGUUUUUAAAGUAAAUUUAUAAGAAUUAGCCAAUAAAAUUGCUUCUCGGCCUUUUGGCUAAGAUCAAGUGGAGUAUUGGCCAAUAAAUUUUUCUGCUUACCGGUUUAAAGGGGGAAGUCUACCAAAAAUUGUUUAAAAUAAAUAAACUUGAUUAAUAUUACUGUAUAGGGCUCAUAUAAACACAAUUUUUUUUCUAGCUUCUAAACAGUGACAAGAAUAUACAUUUAAAGCCAUGCUACAAAACACUUAUCAUGGGUUUCUUAUAACUGUUAACAUUCUCAAAAUAAGCUCAAGUUUUAAAAAAUAAUACAGUAGCUUGAUUAAUCCCUAACAAAAAGUGCUUUUGAUUAUGAUAUUUGGAAAUUCAGUCCACAGUUUUACAUCCAACAUUUCAAGAACUGACAUGUCUUUUUACACACUAAGCCUCCAUUUCUGUGGGCUGUCCCAUCCAAAGAUAAGAAAAAGAAAUAAGACAUUUCCUUGGAGAUUUGGAGCAUUUCUAAAAGAGCCAUAGCCACUGCCAGAAAGGAAAGGCCUAAAUGUAAAAUCUUCUGAAGACUUUGAAUUGAAUUUUCAGAGUUCAUGUCUCUUAUCUUUUUCAUCAUCCCUUCUUCAAAUUAAAUAUAUUCCCAAGCCAUUACUCCUAACUUAAGCCAAGAGCUAUCCCCUUCCUUAGGUUAUUAAUUUACCAGCACUCUGAGUUCUAGAGAAGUUUGAACUGGUAUUGAAUGUUAUCAAAAGAGUUUUAUUUUGAAUAUUAACUUGCUUAUUUUCUACCUAGUCAUUUUUCUAGGAUAACAAAGAGGAAGCAUUUAAACUGGUAGAUUCUUAAGUGAGAUAAUUAUGCUGCUCUGGACAUUUGGCAAUAUCUGGAGACAUUUAUUAUUUUCAUGACUGGGGAAGAGGUGCUCCUGGAAUCUAGUAUGUAUAGACCAGGGAUGCUGAUGAACAUCCUAUAAUAUGCAAGACAAAGAAUUAUCCAGUCCAAACUGUCAAGAGUUUUGAGACUGGGAAACCUUGAUUUACACUAUAAAGUAAAAUGGGACUCAUACUUAAAGCUAUGUUGUUAAAAUAAAAUCAGUUAACUUUAUACAGAAUUUUCUGAAGGUAGAAACUGCUAUGAUAGGAUAAGUGAAUGUCAUUAUUUUGAAGUGCAUAUGGCUUAAGUUUAAAUGGAUCAUUAAAAACAGUAUUCAAAAAAUGGAUGUCUAAUAACAUUUUCAUAAAUCAACAUUAGAAGUAUUCUGCCAAUGGAACCUCUAAUUUUUAGAAAAUGAGACUAUUCUCAGUAUUUUCUAAUGAGAAUGACCUUGUAAUCUGAAUCAUUAUAUUCUAUUUGUGCACUAAGUAUUUGCUCAUCUGAGUUCCUUCUUGUUUUCUCUAAUGCUCAGGGUGUCUGAUUUUAAUAACUUGGACUUACCUGAAUUUUCGCUUCCUACUGCUUUUCUAAAGGAUAAAUAUUUAGCGGAGAGCUCUGCAUCAUAAGCCUAAUUUAGUGAAUCCCAGCUGAUUAGCACAGAGCUGAUAUGAGCCCCUAUUCAUAGCCCUCUCUGUAGCUAUACCUGCCAGCUACACUUUUUGGCCUGCCUUAUUUUGUGGAGUUCACCUUUAAAAGUAGGGCAACCACAUAAAAGAACGCAAAGGGUAAGAUUCUCAAUACCUUAGACCUCAAAUUUAUAAAUGAUAGUGUAUCAUUUCCUCAAUAUUCUCAUCUUCACAAUGCAGAUGAUAAUGUUCCUUACAUAAUGUUGUGGGUAUUUAGUGACAUUAUGUAUUUAAAUGAGCAGUUACUACAUUCAAGAGCAUGAACUUUGAAGUAAGACCAAACUAGUUUGAAUCUUGUCUCAGCUAUGCACUAGCUGUGUGAACAAAGAGUUUUUCCAUAUCCUGAGCCCUAUUUUAUCAUUGGUAAAAUGGGAGUAAUAAUACCAACAUUAGCAUAAAUCGUUUGAGAAUUAAAGGUAGGGAGGUCACUUAAUUAAUUUACCAUCCAAGGAGGACACUUUGGAUCAUAAAAGGGGGUACUGUUAAUGAUUACAAUGAAAAACCAGGCAUAAACUGGAACUCCCUCAGGCAUAAACAGAGAUGUCUCAUCACUCUACUGAAAUGUGAUGUAAGUUCUUAGAACACUUUGGCUCAGUGUAAAUGGUCAAGGAAGAUAGUUUGCAAAAAAUAAUCCUCUUUGAAAUGUUAGUACUGUGUGACAUUUUAGGCUGGCUUUUUUUCUGAGUGGCUCUUAUACACAGCCUUACAGCAUUUAAUUCAAAUCUAUACCAUUACAAAAAAAAAACGAUUACAAAAUAUUGAAUGACCACCUGGAUCACCAAUAAACAUCAGAAGCUGUAAGUAGAAAACUCCAGGACUGGUAAGGUACUCUAGCAAUAUCUCCCAAGUUGUGUUCCAAGGAAUUAAUGGGCAUGGUGGGUGGCAGGUAUUGCAUUAAAAUGGGAUUCUGUGAUCAUGUGGGUUAUUAAAGUACUAAGUAUUUUAUUUCAUUAUAAAUAGCAUAUUAUAUGUGUAUCAAAGUAUUGAAAACUAAU